AUGCUGUUCUGGUACCCCGCAGCAGCUCCCUCCGAGGAUUUCAACAGUGGAGGGGGGCGCGUGUUGAUGCGGGAUUCAAAAGGGAAAAGGCACCCUCGCCGGUUCGAACUUGGUUUGGGCCAUCUACUCCUCCUUCUCUCUCUCCCUCUCCCUCUCAGUUUCGGUUGCUUGCACAUCUACCUAGCCGUUGGCAUUCUCGUCGAACCAAUUCCUGUUUCCAAGUUUCCAAUCUUCACUUCCUCGAUCGCAGUACCACCCAGACAAGACUUCCAAAGAUGGCGCCACACACAGUCAACUGGGGCAUCAUGGCCACCGGCUGGAUCGCCGAGACCUUCUGCAAAGACCUCCUCACCAACCCGGCCUCCCGCGACGUGACCGACGUUGCCCAUCGCAUCGCCGCCGUCUCCUCAUCCCGCGAUGCCCAAAAGGCGCGAGACUUUGUCAAGAAGAUUGACGCUCCCGCCGAAACGACCGUCUACGGCUCCUACGCCGAGCUCGUCCGCGACCCGAACGUCGACAUCAUCUACGUCGCCACCCCGCACUCGCACCACUUCCAGAACGCUAUGCUCGCCCUCGACGCCGGCAAGCACGUCCUCUGCGAAAAGGCCCUGACCGUCACAUCCGAGCAGACGCGCAUCCUCGUCGAGACGGCCCGCGCCAAGAAGCUCUUCUUCAUGGAGGCCGUCUGGACCCGCUACUUCCCUCUCAGCAUCAAGGUGCGCGAGCUCAUCUCCAGCGGCGCCAUCGGCAAGGUCUACCGCACCACCGCCGACCUGUCCUUUAACAACUGCACCGAUGGCUCCGACAAGCUCUCGUUUGCCGACUCGCACCGCAUGGUCAACCCUGAGCUCGCCGGCGGCGCGCUCCUCGACCUGGGCAUAUACUCCCUGACCUGGCUGUUCCAGACGCUGUACCACCUGCAGCCCGAGAAGGAGUCCCCCGAGGUCCUGGCCUCGGUGCAGAAGUAUGCCGCCACCGGCGCCGACGAGUCGACCACCAUGAUCCUCAACUUCCCCAAGAACCAGCAGACGGGCAUCGCCACGACGUCGCUGCGCGUCGACACGGCACCCGACGGCAAGGGUAAUACGGCGCCCGCCAUCCGCAUCCAGGGCUCUAAGGGCGAGAUCCAGGUCGCCCACCCUGCGUUCCGUCCGCUCUCGUACAAGGUCGUCAAGAAGGGCGUCGACGAGGUCGAGGUCGUUGACUGCCCGAUCCCCACGGACGAGGCCCGCCAGUGGGGCCACGGCAUGUUCUGGGAGGCUGACGAAUGUGCUCGGUGCCUGCGCGACGGGAAGCUCGAGAGCGCCUCGCUGCCGCUGUCUGAGAGUCUCGUCAUCAUGGAGACGAUGGACAGCGCCAUCAAGCAGGGUGGCAUCCAGUACCCGGAGCUCAUCACCUCCCACGAGUUUGACGCCAAGAGCCCGCUGAACCUGGGCAAUGCUUGAUGCAGUAGGUCGUGAGGAAGAAAUACCAAGGGAAUUGACUUGUGAGGAAAGUACAUAGGAGCUUGUAUACAUGUAAUAAGCGGAAAGCAGACAUGUAUAUAAAUACCUGUGUAUAUCUGUAUGUAAGGGAACCCCGACCAUAAAUGGAGAGGGGGCCGCACGGUGACCCACUUCCGGGAGCCAGCUAUGGCCGGCCCGAGACGGCGGUUCGGGACGGGACGGCGUUGGGCGACGAGUACAACAAGCUAAGCGAUUUACGGUCCGCGACCGUUUCACGUCAAUGUCUCUCUUUCUGUG